AUGAGUGGCCAGCGCCGGCACUCAAGCUCGGCACCCGUAUACGUGUUGAGUACUUGGGUUACUGUCGACUGCGACUGGGAGGCGACUUCGGAAGCUUCGGCGCGGUUUGUUCAACCCGGCCACGUGCCAUCAAACUUGGAUCCCGUGCCGUCCCCCGCCCCCGCCCCCCGCCCACUCAUCCGUGCACUCGGUCAACAACUCCAGGUGCUGCUGUCGUCUGAGUCACUGCCUCCGCUGCAGGUGCCACCAGCCUUGUGCUUUCGAGACCAUAUCGUGUUCGUUGGUGUGACACGCUCUCUACAUAGCUACGAGCUCAUAUCUAUGGGCGCGUGGCUUGUCCGGCUUCCCUCAUGUAUGACCACUCCUAUCAAUGCUGCUGCGAGGUAUCGCCCAUGCUGUGCAGGUGUAUAUCUUGCCAGGUAUGUGCUCCGUCCACCACAUCUUCGCUGGUAUUGCAACGACGAAUGGAGGUCAGGAUUGCGCUAG